AUGGAAGAACUGCAAUCAGCUCAAAGAGAAAAACAUUCAUCAUAAGCCUAUUACGUUUAACUUUUUCCUCAAAUCAGUCUUUGCAAGUUCAUUUUCAAAUAUGAUAGGUCAGAGUUCAGAUGUCAACCUAGUAAUUAAGCUUUGUAAAGAAUUUUCACAAUAAACGAGCUGAUCAAAAGGAAACUAAGCGUAUUUGGAUUAGACGAAGCCAAUAAGUCUUUGAUAUCAGGAAGUGUAUCAGGAGCACUAGGCAUGGUGUUCUAUGUUCCAGUGGAAAUACUUAAGUGUAGAGCCUAGAUAAUGAAGGAUUAAUACAUGACUAUGAGAUAACUCUUGCCAAUUAUAGUUAAAAAUGAGGGUGUUUCAGCUCUAUACAGAGGAUUCUGGGUUAAUUGUUUAAGAGAUGUGCCAGGAUGGGGAGUGUAUUUCUACUUAUAUGAAUUUUUGAAAGCAUUUUCCAAGAAAACGAGAGACAUCCUAUAUCCCAAUACAGAUUAUGAUAGAGCAGGAAAUGAUUGGCUAAUUAACAUUAAUGCAGGCGGCUUAGCAGGAGUGUUAAGUUGGCUAGUGUUAUUUCCAUUCGAUGUGGUCAAGACACAUAUUUAGCUUAGCAGAGAAAAAGUAGCACCGAAAAUGGGCUAUGUAUUUAAAAAUCAAUAUAGGCUUCAUGGCUACAAAUACUUCUUCAAGGGUCUAAGCCCAACACUUAUUAGAGCAUACCCUGUAAACGCCAUUACUCUAAGCAGUUUCGAUUACAUAAACAAGCAUUUUAACAAAGAUUGA